GUAUCUGCCUUAAAAAUGUCAAAACAGCCAGCUUCAAAUGUCAGGAGCAUUCAGGCUAAUAUCAACAUCCCAAUGGGAGCACUUUUACCUGGAGCAGGUCAACCACCUAAAAGAAAAGAAUUCGCCGAACCUGAUGAGAGUCUUCCACCCUCAUCAGAAGCGGAAAAGAAGAAGACUCUCCCAGGUGCCAAGAAGCUACCAGGCCCUGCUGUUAACCUAUCAGAGAUCCAGAAUGUAAAGAGUGAGCUAAAAUUUGUCCCAAGAGCUGAGCAGUAGCACCUGUCGAGAUGUGAAUAGAGCACCUAAAUGGACUGUAAUCAAGAAAGGCCCCUGAAAUAAUGUAUAUAUUUAUAUGACAAUCAUGUACCUCCAAAGUACAAAACCCUUCAUAGAGAUAUCUUUGCACAUUUACUUCAACUUUCCUGUUACCUGUUUUGCUGAAUGUAAAGUGUGUGGAUGAUACUACCGCUCAAAAGUUUAUUUGUACAUAUCCAGGAAGUGAAUUUCAUCAUAAUAAAAAAUAAAUGCUGCAUCAUUUUAAGCAAAGAAAUGAAAUAAAUCUUUUUCAUGAAAAAAUGUUUACUUUUCUCUUUGUUAUGUUGUAUUCAAAGCAUUCACCAACAAUUACCAUAUGUGUAGUUGUUGUGUGUAUAUGUUGUAUGCAUACAGUUAACAGUCAUGUAUGAUGGACAUGUUUCCAUCACACUUUAAAUUCUAAAAUCCCAUUGACUAUCAUGGGAAAUCUCUAUUUAAAUGCCCUUAUCUUAGUUUGGAUUGCGCCCAUGGAACUUUAUUCAUUAAGUGCUAAAGAAUGUAUGUAUAUGGAGUGCUGUGAAAUAAAGUCAAAUUUUUACUGCUAUUUUUAUAAAAAAUCCAAAUUUGUCCAAAUUAUCAAAUGUACUAUGAUGAAAUUAAUGGUGGACAUUCUGAACAUAUAAAACUUCUAUAACCUUCAAGAGGAGACCCACAAAGGUAAGUAGGCUGGAAUGAUGGAAAUUGCCCGGAGUCCCUUUGGGGAGUUUUAUCGUUAUUAGGCUCUAUUGCAGUGGUUCUCAACCUAUGGGUCCCCAGAUGUU